UGUCAGAUGAACUUUUAGGAUUUUAAGAAGAGUCGUAUGAGACAGACCGCGGCUAUUCACUAUUUAGCUAAAAAAAUCCCACUCUCAUAUUGAUAUCGACUUGUAGCUUGGUUCUAAGAAACAAGUUAUACGAGUUUCUCCCUUCUAUUUAUUAUCUUGCACAUAGGACUAGACCCUAUGCAAUGAAAAUCAACAGAGAAGGAAUUCUUUUGAGGGCUGCUGGGCUGCACCACUUUCAUGACUGACACCAACUUCCCGUUGAAAACUUUAUCAGCUUUGAAUUUUCAGUAUUGAACCAAGUCAACAUAAACAAGAAAACACAUCAUAGUAGUUGAUGACCAUUGGAAAGUCUCCCCAUCUACGUUCAUGUUCCAGUCCACGAAUUUAAUAAGAUAGAAGUGUUGAUACUGUAGGUAUAAAGAUGGAAAGCGUCAAAAAUCUUUAAUAAUGUAUGUAAACCAAAGGUUUCCUGAACAUGAGAACCAACGAGAAAUUUUCUCAAAAUGUAAAUCCAUGCACGUAAGACGAUUUGGAUGUAGCAAGUAGUGUAAAGUAGCAUAGAGCUUCAUCCUACUAAUGUCAAUCCCAAAGGCGCUUGAAUCUUACUCAGUCCCCGCAUACUUUCGGCAUCUAUCCAUGCCAGGUCUGGUACUCUCUCUCGCGGGUCAAUACAAAGUUAAUUGCUCAGUUGGUAUUUUUAGUAGCAAAUUUCGCAAAAAUGUCUUUCGGACUAUGAUAAUAAACUUUUCAAAACUCUUAUACGUGUCCCAAUCGUCUUCUUGGAUGAUGGGACGCCUAAAGUAAUGAAAAUGCCCAAGCCUUCCAUGUUAGACCAGAAUGUAUGGUCCGGAAAACACUAAUUACAAGAGGAAAGGUAAUCAUGAAUCGACUAUUUUGCAAUUUCCAUCUUUCUGAAAAGGUUUGCAUACGUUAUCAAAUUUCCCAUACUGGUUUCGACAUGAACUUUUCCCAGUUAAGAACAACCAACUUGGUUACCAAGUGUGAGGCACAUAGAAAGCUGGAGCUAACAAAAAUAAUAAAAAAGUAGCUUCUACUAUGGCUUUUUUUUUUUUUUCGUGACACACUAUGUUAGAUUAUACUAUUUAAGCAACAAAACAGCUCCACCAUGGGCAUGAAAUAAUCAAGCAAAGAUUAGCUAUGCGGGAGAUAAUCAUUGACCUAUACGAAACAGUUAUCCUGUACCUUUCGGGGAACAGAUCCACUAACACCCAUAAGAUAAUAGGUUUUUGGCAGAACUAUCAAACGUUGGCUAGUGGAAGCUAGAGGAGUCGUAGUCUUGAGACUCGAGGAAGGUGUUUUCUUCGAUAAGGAAGGUAAGAGGUGAACUAAUACAUAAAAAUAUAUAUAUUUGCUUGCUUUGAGAUUGCCGCUUUUGCGUGUAAUUUAUUUAUUUUUGUAAGUAUCACAUUUCCAAAGUCUUAAAGAUAUCCUUAAUUUAACGGAUACCUUUGUCUCAUAAUCUUUCAUCUUAAUUUUGAAUUUGUGUCUCCUUUCAAUUUGGUCUUCUUCUGUUCAAGACAACGAAAACUAAUAUGUAUCUUCUAUCUAAGACGGCCAACUGCCGGUUCAUUCAAUUUGGUCAAUUUCAAAAUCUCGUUGUCUCUUGUAUUCUCUUUUGUUGUCCUGGCAUCUAUCUCGCUGUUACUGGUUUGGGCGCUGGAGGCGGUCAUCCGUCAACAUUUCAUCUCGCAGACGUUACCAACACACUAUUAUAUGCCUUGUAUGCCCUCUUUGGAUGGCUUGGGGGUCCGCUUUUAAAAUUACUGGGUCCUCGCUGGGCUUUGGCAGUUGGUGCCACUGGCUAUCCUAUGUACAUCGGUGGUCUUUGGUUUUAUGAUCGCACUGGGAAGCAGGGGUUUCCAAUAUUUACAGGCGCUUAUCUUGGAGUAGCAGCAGGCUUACUUUGGUCUGCGACAGCAUAUGUCGGUCUUGCCUAUUCGUGUCAACACCAAAAGUCUCUAUUCGUGUCAACACAAUGGACUAUUCUCGCUUUGGGUAGCACUGUAGGAUCCCUAAUUGCCUUUGGUCUAAACUACCAUUCAAAAAGCACGGGUGUUCCUGAAGCAGUAUACAUUAUUUUCAUCAUUAUCAUGUUUAUGGCAGUCCUUUUGGCGACAUUCUUCGUGAAGGAUCCAUCUAGCGUAAAAAAAUCCGACGGAUCUUUCGCUCUUCCACCAAGUCAAGUGAUUUUGGUUGAAGAACUAAGGGGCCUUAUUGCUGCUGCCAAAGAUUGGCGUUUAUUGGUUCUCUUACCAUCUGCUUUUAUUUCUCAAAGUACAGUGGCCUGGCAAUCUCACCUAAAUUCCUACUAUUUUUCAUUGCGUACACGGUCUUUAAACAAUGUUUUAUAUUGGUCUAUUCAGUUGUUUCUUCCUUAUUUAUUUACGGCCGUCCUAGACGCAAAACGCUUUCCACGUAGAAAGCGCGGUCUCAUUGGACUUUCUAUACAGGCAAUUAUUCUUAUCGUCUCUUUUUCUGGGGAGCUUGCCUGGAUUUUGAAAAACAAAAUCGAUCUCACUAAUACUUCGCCCAGUCUUGAUUGGACCGAUCAUGGCUAUGGGAAAGCCAUUGUUCUCUACUUGCUUAUGGGGGUUCAGUAUUGCUCAUCUGUCGUCUCUGUGCAAUGGUGUGUUUCGCUUUUGGUAAAUAAUCCUACUAUGUAUGCCAGUUACGCUGGCUUGUAUAAGGGUACCCAAGCUGCUGGCAUGUGUGUUUCGUUUGGUAUUGAUGCAGGUGGUGUUUCUUUUAAAAACCAAGCUAUCAUUUAUCUUGUAUUUAUGAUCGUGCUGUCUUUUUCGCAACUCAGCAUAACAGCAGUUUAUGGAAAAGAAUCUUCAGUCACUGAAGAAGAGCCUUUAGAGUCUCCUAUUGUCAUAGAAGGCUCGGAUAUUCCUUUAAAUAUGAGUUCUUAUGAGAGUGAAAAGAAGGAAAACCUUGAAAGCUCUCUCUAAGUCUUACUUCUUUCAACAAUGCUUCUUAUAACUGAUGAUUCCCAUGACUUUUUCACCGGUUUUCCUGUUAUGUAAAUUUACUAAUAAUGAAUGAUAAUAAUGCUUUCCUUUUCUUCAACAGACUUUUGCUACCAUUGCAUUGCCAAAAAUUCACACCGUUCAUUCAAAACAAACCAG